AUGGUGACAACAACUUUAAAUUUUGAACGACCAAGACCGUCUGGUGCUAAUAAUGAAGAUGAUGAAAACAAUGAUCAACAAAUUCAGAGACACCUUGAUCGCUUAUAUGUGGAGAACUCACAAUAUCGUCACUGUCAUCAUCAAUGUCCACAAAGUACACUUUCACCCAUGGAUUUACGUGAUAUACCUAUAUCAAUAAAUACUGUCCCUGUCUAUCGUCAUGGACGUAAGUUCUAUGUUUCCGCUGAAGAAUUUGAACGUAUGCGUGCAGAAGAACGACAAAGUCGUCGUACCCUUGUGCAAAGAUCACAAAAUCUACCUGUAUCAAGAUCGCAUCAAACAAAUUUACGAUCACCGUCGAGAUCUUCAUAUAAUCCUAUUCAUCGGAGUACUUCGCAUUCACAUGAUCAUAGAUAUGGCAUACUUAGAGCACCACAUUUACCUACAAAUUCAAUAAUAAUAAAUGACAGUAAUAGCCCACAUGAAUCAACUAGGGAAUCUCGUUCAACAUUUAGACAUUAUAAUGAUCGAGAUGAUCUAUCAUCAGUUACAUCAACAUUACCAAUCAAAUUAUCAGCAACUUCUACUCGUUCAAAUUCAUCGGAUAGAGUAAUUGAUCUGCGAAGGACUCCACAACCAUCAGUGUCAUCUUAUACUGGUUAUAUUCCUAAUGAUUAUGAAUUGAAACGUUCAUUUUCAGCUGAAUUAGUACAGCCAUCACACAUUUAUAUGCAACAACCACAAGUAUUACCACGCCGUAUAGUACCAUUUACAACUUCUAAUUAUGGAAUGUCUGCUAUAUCAUCGUUUCCGACGACACCUACAGAUCAAUUAUAUAAUCAAUCGAAAUCUUCAAAAGUAACAAGCUAUUUUGAUAGAAAGCAACCAUCAGCUUUAACCUCUCCAAUCAAACAAUCUAAUUCAGAUUUUUCUGGAAGAGAUUCAACAUACGAACGUGACGCAAAAGCUUCUGAUUAUGCUUAUUCUGUGCUUUCUUCUUCGAAUCGACGUAUUCCAACAAGUUUACCAUCUGUAUUGACACGAUCAGCGUCCAAUAAUAGUAAUGAUGAAUAUCAUUUACGAGGUGCAACAAAUGAAUAUUUAUCUGAUGAUAACUCAUCAUCACCAUCAAUGCUAAGUCAACGAAGAACUCUAGAUACUAAUCGUUAUCGACCGACUCAACUUGCUUUUGAAACCGACGUUGAUUGUGAACGCCAAACUGAGUUAAUUACUCGUGCAACUGCAAGAAGUCAAUCAAGUGAUGGUUUAACAGAAAAAAAACGUGUUCGUUUUGCUGAUAUGGAAGGUUUUACGUUAGAGACAGUUUCUAAUAUUGAUCAAAAUCGAUUACCUAUGAAUAAUCAGUUGUUGACUAAACAAUCAUAUAUUCCAGCAUCAAGUAAUCUUCGAGGACAAGAACAAUCUAUUCGUCACUCAUUGUACCCAAUGACUACCAGAGUUGCUAAUGGUGGGAGCAAACUUGCCACCGAUGUGUAA